AUGUCUUCUUUACCUAUAUACAAUAUCGCUAAGAUAUUCUCAACAACUGCUUGUUGGACAACAAUGAUUUGCAAUUCGAUAUUCAUUUUUCUCACCAUGGUUCACUUGAAAAAAGUUGACUUAACCUACAGAAAACUUCUCACAGUGUUCGCAACACUUGGCAUGUUUUUCUCAUUUAUUGAAAUGCAAAUCCACCCGUUCUUUCACUCGUAUAACAACAGUCUCAUCAAUUUCAAUAUGGCAGAGCUUCCAAAAGAUCUGGCAACUCUACAAGUUGCUUCAUAUUCCGGAGUCUAUGUCACCAUUGUCUCAUUCUUCACAAUUUUGCUAGCAUUCCGAUAUUGGAGGAUGACUGGGAGCACCAUAGUCAACUGUUUUACCGGAUGGAAAAUCAUUUUUCUCAUCAGCUGGCCUUUAUUUUUUGGAAUAGCUGCGACGGGAGUGGUUAUCCUGUUCGGACCGAUUGAUGAUUACGCGCGCGAGUAUACAAAAGAGGUUAUGAUGGAAAGUUAUGGUAUUGCCACGGAAAAUAUCUCGGGAUAUUCUGUGAUUGCAUAUGACCAAAAUGGAAAUCUUCACUGGAAUAGUCUUGCAUUCACCUCGGGAAUUAUCUCACUUAUGGAGAUUCAGUUCCUCAUUGUUGGAAUUUUCGGAUUUCGAAUGUAUUUCAGAAUGAACAUUUUGCUUCAAAAUGUCUCAAAAUCAUAUGAAAUGAUUCAAAGGCAAUUUUUCAAAAGUUUGAUCUACCAGAUAACUUCACCUACUUUUACCUUCUACAUACCUGCCAUUCUCAUACUCACAGUGCCAUUUUUUGACUUGAAAUUCAAUCUUCCCACUGGCCUUAUUGUGUGCUCAUUUUCAAUUUAUCCUCCAAUCGACAGCAUUAUUAUGAUGAUAGUCGUGUCGGAAUAUCGAGUUGCAAUCAAAAAAAUCUGGAAGAAUCCGAAAAGUUUUUUUGGCUGUGUUUCAGUCAAUGGGAACAGUGCACUGGAAGUUAGAGUUGUCGUUCUUUGA